AUGGAAGUCGCCAUUACUCACUACGAGGCCUUCAAAAAAUUUCUUGCAUCACAUCUUGCCAAGGAGCAAGCCAAUGGUUCAAGAACAAACGCGAGGGACAAAUUAACUAGACUUACAAAACUGCAAUUUCAAGAACUCUCCACUGAUGUGUAUGACGAGUUAUCACGGCGGUUACUGGGUUCGAAUGCGGUUCCCUUUCUUCCUGUGUGUGAUGACUUUCAUCCCAAGAGGAAUCAAGCACGACAGAAAUUGGCAACGUUACCUAAAAAUAGAUUUAAAGACUUGGCGAGUGAUUUCUCAAACCCGCCAUACGGCUCUCCUCCCCCAUAUAAUCCCCCAUUAUAUAAUAAUAAUAAUCCUCCACAGCAAUCAUCAAUAGAUGGUGCUGCAUCCGGUCAAGCUGAAUCAAAUACCAUUGUUCCCGAAACUAGUACCUUAAGACAAGAAGUAAUCUCUGUUGACUUUCGCAUUCAAAAACCAAAUAUUCGACCAGAUACUUCAAAUGUUACUACCAAUGCUGAAAGCAGUCCAAAACCUUAUUCUUCUAACAACAGUAGUAAUCAUAGUCUUAGUAAUAAUUUUCCACCAUUACCAGACGGUAUGCCUCCAGAGUAUGGAUCACCAAAAAGUCGUACUCAAUCAACUACAUCCUCAGCAUCAGAUCUUGGACAUCGUCGUGCAAAUGGCACUAGUAUUAGUAGUGUUAGUAGCAGUUCAAGUAGAGGAAAUAGAGAUACAACUGCUAGUCAAAAAAGUAAUAAAUCCGAUGCUGUUAAUUUUGCCUCUCUUGAUA